AUGGAACUAUUCCGUUCUCUCCUCUCUCUCCUCUCUCUCCUCUCUCUCCUCUCCCCAGAUCCUCAACCCUCAACCCUCAACCCUCGAACCGCAAUCCCUCAAUCCACCAAAGCAAAUCCAUCAAAUCAAACCAACUACUCCAACCCCAAACCCCAAACCCCAAACUCCUCUCCACCUCUCAGCCACCACCACACCUCCACGGACAAGAGGAAGAAGCAAAGGUCCGUUCUGCGAUACGAUACGACACGAUAA